UCCACUAUGUAGACGGCCCACACGCAUGGAGGAGAGGAAAAGCACGUCUGUUAUGAAUGUUUUGCCGUUUUUGCAACAGUUCUUGUGUUCGACGAGACUGUUCUGCCCAGAUUGUGUGAAAUACAGUUAUUGCUGACGAUCAUUGCCUUCUUCGAUCACCUUGAAAAAAAGUGUCGGUGGGGCAGCGCGCUUGCGUGGUCUUGCGUGGCUGGUCGUGCAUGGCUUCGCCGAGGUAUCUUCUAAGGUUCGCCUACCUCGGCACCAGAUACAGAGGUAUCCAGCGCCAGAGUACCCGUCCCCACACCGAGCACUUCACCGUCCAGGGCGCCAUCGAGGCAGCCCUGUGCCAGCUGGGAUGCCUCGGUGACCCAGUGCUGGUGCUGGCGAGCCGCACCGACACCGGUGUGCACGCGUCCGAGAGUGCGGCGCACGUGGACCUGCGACCGGCCAACCCGAACCAGUACUUCCAGCCACAACACCUUGCCGUUGGUCUCAACACUGUGCUGACACGCCACAAGCAUGACAUCCUCAUCCGGGACGUGUUGCAGGUGCCCGGCUGGUUCCACGCGCGGCACCUGGCCCUAUGGCGCAGCUACCGGUACCGAGUGGCCGUGGUCAAGGCUCUGAGCGAUGGCGAGCCGCUUCGCGUGGGCGGUAUCCGCGCCUGGCUGCCGCUGGCCGAACUCAACCGGUGCCACGUGGUUGCGCCCCUGAACAUCGACCGGGUGCACGAGGCGAUGGAGCUCCUGAGUGGCGAGCACGACUUUCGUUCCUUCAAAGGUGUCAGUCGCACGCCCGAAGAAGAAGAGCGCAGCACAGUGCGUGAGGUGACCGAGUUCCAACUCAGGCCGGCAGCGCCCAUAGACAGCGACGACCCGCUGUACGAGAACAUCCACCUCUGGGAGUUUCACAUCCGCUCCAGGUCUUUCCUCUACCGCCAGGUGCGGCGCAUGGUGAGCAUGGCACUGCACGCCGGCCUGUCAGGACCUGAGAAACUGGAUGAUGAUCCCCUUCUGGUGGUGCGCCGCCUUCUGGAGAACCCGAGCAAGAACAACUGGCCCGGCAACGUCACCGUCGUGCCUGCCUGCGGGCUUUACCUGAUGCGUGUGCAGUAUGACCCCACACACCUGGACGCCAAUGCAGAGAUGCCGGAUGAGGUGGCCGAGAUGUACGAGGCCAAGAAGAAGGCGCCGCUUCAAGAGGACGGCGAUGAGGAGGAAGUUGAGCAAGCGACCGCGUCCUGAGUCAACAUUUUACGGGUUUGGCCAUGCAGCUUGUAAACAGAUUGCAGCACCAUGUUGCCACGAAUUACAAACGGCAUACCAAGAUAUCUGGCCACCUGUGCGCAGUUACAGCCUUUUUCGCAGAGCCCAUGUGACGUUCACCUCUGCUGCCAAUAGUAACUGUAUUGCGCACAAGAUACAUACAGUUGUAAUAAACGAUGAUAUAUUAAGGUUUGCCUAGAGCAGUGUUUUUUAAAACUGUGGGUCAUGACCCCCAAAUAGGUCAUGAGCCUUCUUGGCAUCAUCAUAGUCCCUCAACACUUUUUGGUCACGAAACUCCGCCGUCACUCUAUGGGAGAGCUUCAUAUGUCGCAUGAAUCCGCCGUGCUGCGGCGCCACUGCAGCUGAGAGGCCACCUUUCUCCGUGUCAAACCCGGAGAGACUGCAGAUGUGGCCGGCGUGGGCUGAAAAUUUGGACACAUACUUUAUAUUUGCGAUUGAUUUUUAGGCAAGAUCCGAAUUCUGGCAUUCUACAAUUGAAGCGGCACGUUCGCCUGACGAUGCCGUUCAGGUGUCCUUUGCCGGAGGGCCGUUCCAGCUACAAAGGCAUUACCGAAAAGGUAUCGCUAUUUUGCAUGCCGAGUGUUCGUGAGCACUUCGAGAAUUGGAAGCGAGCCAUACCAUGGCACAAGAAACGGACGAUUUCAGCUUCAAGUCCAAGCAUGUGCGUGUGUGCGCAAAGCACUUUGAUCCAUCAUCCAUCUCCGUACAGACGAUUUCACGAUAAACGGUGAUGCCGUAUCGUUGCCGAGGGACAAGCCGCGCCUCAGGCCUACUGCCAUGCGUGUUUUCGACAGCCUGUGUGUGUGUGUGUGUGUGUGUGUGUG